AUGGUGUCAAGGUUCAUCUAUGUUGUGGAGAGUCAUAAGAUUUCAUUUUUCCUUAGGACUGAAUUGCCUUGCGGAAGAGCAAGGGAACCACCGGUGGUUCCGCUGAGCGCGGGGCGAGGCCUGGUAGCUGCAGUGCCCAGGCCUGCACGGAAGCGCCCUGGCAUUAGUCAGCACCCAGCUUUGAAGGCAGCCGCCUUUCCCAGCGCGGCCCCAAGCGCAGAGCAGCCACGCGCUCCUGGGGCCAUUGUGCGCGCGGCCGGCCUGGAGAUCGCAGGCCCUGGGGGCAGCUCCACCGCAGGAGACAAGACACGCCUCAGCCGGGCAGAUUUCCGCGACGGCGUGGGCUGGCGAGGCCGCGCGGGCGGCGCCCGACAGCAGCUGGAGGAGCGCUUCGCCGACCUGGCGGUGAGCCACCUGGAGGCCCUCCGCGCGCGGGACGAGCGGGACCGGCAGAACGCGCGGCUGCGCGAGGAGAACGCCCGGCUGCGGCUCGAGAACCGGCGGCUGAAGCGCGAAAACCGGGGCCUCUUCCGCCAGGCCUUGAGGCUCCCGGAGGAGGGCGACGACGGGACGCCCGCAGGCGCGACGGAAGAGGCCCUGCGCCCCGAGGCCGGUGGUGCCACCCGGGGUGCGACAGGCGGCGACCCUGAGGACGAGCCCGACAGCCCCAAGGCCCUGAGGGCCCGGCUGGAGAUACUGGAGGCCAUGUACCGCCGGGCCCUGCUCCAGCUGCACCUCGAACAGCGAGUCCCGCGGCCGCGUGGGGACGAGGAGGAUCGGCCGCUUCAGGAGCCUGAGUUUGCCGUCGGAACCCCGCACCUGGAGUCCCCUAAGCCCUGCCUGUAGCCUGUAGCCUGAGGCCCAACCAGGAAGGGGCGGGGCUCCGCACGGCUCCACCUCCGACGUCUACUGGCUCCCCCCUCCCCCAGCUGUGCGUUCUGGCCUGCGCCCCGUCCGCGGAACCUUUUUAGACCAGUUUACUUUGUUCUCCCGCCCACCCCGGACACUUCCGGGAGCGGCGCGUGGAGCCAGGCCUAGGAUGAGAAUGUUGCAGGCCCUGGCUAUCCCCACCGCCCUACCCGGCCCUGCUGUGUGCAGAGCACCUGCCUCCUACUGGUACCCAGGGGGCGAGGACUAGCAUCUUGAGGGGCCAAUUUCAAACAAGUCAAUCAAUACCUCCUAAUGCCUAAACGUUUCUUGUAUUGGGAAGACCUGCUGUGUUUCUCUUCUUUUGGGGUUCUUUGCGGGAUUCACCUUGGUUCUUAGUUCUUCAAUCCCCCCAAACCUUCCGUCAUUCGCUCUUAAGUGGCCAACAUUUUAAGUGUUUGUUUUUAUAAGUCAGUAUGACUUGGGUUUCUAUCAAGCACCACCUUUUAUAAGAAGGUCCUAUUUAUAACUUAAGGAUUCAUGUCUGCUCCUUCUCCAGAACUUACAUAUCUAAUAUAUACUGAUUUGUUUACUCCAGAUAAUUUUUGAACUAUUGGCUUACAGGUGAUCCUUUGAGUUGACAAAUAAAUAUGGUGCAUUGAAAAUGA